UUGCGCGUCACGGUCGGAAAAAUAGGGAUCUUUGUGUCUUCCCCCAGUAGUAGUGACCAGCCUCGGCAGCAGGGAUCAGUCAUGCCUUUCGGAAACACCCACAACCUGCUAAAGCUGAAGUACGCUUCUAGUGAGGAGUACCCAGAUCUCAGCCAGCACAAUAAUCAUAUGGCUAAGAUCUUGACUCCUGCCAUCUACGAGCGUCUAAGGAGCAAACAAACGCCCAGUGGAUUUACAUUGGAUGAUGUCAUUCAAACCGGGAUUGAUAACCCAGCAAUGAUAAAAUGGCUAAACUGACCAUCAAGAGGCUGUCACCUGAGGAGGAGUUCCCUGACCUAAGCCAGCACAACAACCACAUGGCCAAGGUCUUAACCCAGGACAUGUACACCAAACUCCGAGACCGUGCCACCCCCAACGGCUUCACCAUAGAUGGUGUCAUUCAGACGGGGAUUGAUAAUCCUGGCCAUCCCUUCAUCAUGACUGUGGGAUGUGUGGCUGGAGAUGAGGAGACAUACGAGGUCUUCAAGGAGCUGCUGGAUCCCAUCAUUGAGGACAGACAUGGGGGAUACAAGCCUACAGACAAGCACAAGACUGACCUCAACCCAGACAACCUGAAGGGUGGAGAUGACCUGGACCCCAACUAUGUCAUUAGCUCCCGUGUCCGAACAGGCAGGAGCAUCCGUGGGUUCUGCCUGCCCCCACACUGCAGCCGUGGAGAGCGAAGGGGUGUUGAGAAAAUGUCAGUCGAAGCUCUGGACUCCCUGUCCGGUGACCUGAAGGGGAAGUACUAUGCCCUGAAGAACAUGUCAGAUGCUGAGCAGCAGCAGCUAAUUGAUGACCACUUCCUGUUUGACAAGCCUGUGUCUCCUCUGCUGCUGGCCUCUGGCAUGGCCCGGGACUGGCCUGAUGGCAGGGGUAUCUGGCACAAUGAUACCAAGACCUUUCUGGUCUGGGUCAAUGAGGAGGACCACCUGCGUGUCAUCUCUAUGCAAAAGGGUGGCAACAUGAAGGAGGUGUUCAACCGUUUCUGCACUGGCCUCACAAAGAUUGAAACCCUGUUCAAAGAUAAGGGCACUUCAUUCAUGUGGAAUGAGCACUUGGGCUACGUUCUUACCUGCCCAUCCAACCUGGGCACAGGGCUACGUGCUGGAGUCCACGUCAAGAUCCCCAACAUGAGCAAGCAUGCCAAAUUUGAGGAAGUGCUCAAGAGGCUAAGGCUCCAGAAACGUGGAACCGGUGGGGUGGACACCGCAGCUGUGGGUGGCACCUUCGACAUCUCCAACGCAGACCGCCUGGGCUUCUCUGAGGUGGAGCUUGUGCAAAUGGUUGUGGAUGGUGUUAAGCUGCUGGUUGAGAUGGAGAAGAAGCUGGAGAAGGGCCAGUCUAUUGAUGACCUCAUGCCUGCCCAGAAGUGAAACUCAUGAUUGCCUCCUCCUUGUCAUCUGAAUGAAUGUGACAUUAUCCUGGAAUGCACUCUGUAAUAAACAGCACUUACUCUCUCAUACAAGGUCCUCUUUCAAUGUGAGUGGAUAUGAAAAUAAAAACUGUUUCUUCCA